AUGGUUGAGUUGGGUUUUGUUCAGUCAAAGGCUGAUUAUAGUUUGUUUACUAAGCAAACUGAAUUUGGAUUCACCGCAUUGUUGGUUUACGUUGACAAUUUGAUAUUGGCUGGAAAUGAUUUGGGAGAAAUUAAUGCUGUCAAAACAGUCUUGGAUGAUAGAUUCAAAAUCAAGGACAUUGGAGAUUUGAAAUUCUUUAUUGGGAUGGAGGUUGCGCGAUCGAAAGAGGGCAUUCUUCUUAAUCAAAGAAAGUAUGCUAUGGACAUCUUAAAGGAUGCUAGUUUUGAGAACUGCAAGCCUGCUUCUACCCUUAUGGACUAUAGUACCGAACUCAAUAAAACUAAAGGCGUUCUCCUCUCAAAUUCUACAGAAUAUCAAAAGUUAGUUGGCAAAUUGCUCUAUUUGACCAACACCCGACCUGACAUUAGCUUUGCCAUUGGAAAGUUGAGUCAAUACCUUGACCACCCCACUACUUCUCACCUCAGUGCUGUCCAUCGAAUCCUCAAAUAUAUCAAAGCUUCACCUGCCACUGGCAUAGUGUUCUCGACCACCUCUGAUCUCUGUGUCAUUGGAUUUGCUGAUUCCGAUUGGGCGGCAUGUCCUGAUUCAAGAAGAUCUGUGACAGCCUACUGCUUUUACAUUGGCAGUGCCCUGGUUUCAUGGAAGAGCAAAAAACAAGUGACAGUUGCUUGCAGUUCAGCCGAAGCUGAAUAUUGA